UCAACAGUCGCUGGAACAAUUAUUGUCACAAUGUACAUUAGCGCAACAAUCAAUGGAAUAUGAACCGAUAUCUGAUGAUGAACUGGCGGUUGUUCAUGUACGAGAUGAACGGCCGUCAGUAGUGGAAAUUAUGUAA